UAAUGUUGUCACUUUCGCUUUUACAGUGGACGCUGAAAGGCGGAGGAAAUGCGCAGCCUCCUUACAUAUCGCGCAGAUCAUGUAUCGGCCGUGCAUAGCCUCGUCGUAUACGCCCGCCACCGGUGUUGCUAGCUAUCGGACAUCCCGGGGAAACAAGCAUGCGACCGGUCACCAAUGCUCCACCAUCGCAGUGCUGGACUGGGGCCCCACGAACCUGGCCUUCGUGCAACCACGGGAACCAGUGCUACUGAAGGGGUUCACCUGGUUGCCCGAGGGCCCGGAGCUGCCGCCGUUCCUUGGAACCGUGGGGAAGCCGGAGUGGAUUCUGAAGACCCAAGUGCGGUAUGCCUUGUCACAGUACACGGACCUGCAGAGAUGCAUCCGCAACCUGCAGCGGUGUUACAACUUCCCGUAUCCUGAGGCCGUCGUAAGAAAAAGAAAAAUCCCCCCACCCCAUAUCAAAUUGGAAAUCUGUGAUGCAGGAUUUGUGUACACAAAUCAGCUUUGUAUUGCAGGAAGGCACUGCGGCCAGAUCCCCAGGCUAUGUAGGGGCGUAUCGGUCUAGUUGUUCAGCAUGGCAAACGGCUGCCCUUUAGGCCCAACAGCAUGACAAAGCGCUUCCAUAAUGGGGGCGAAGCUUUUGCCCUUGUCUUCUUGCAAGACAAAUGUGAUUUGUGGCCUCACAUCAGCAACGCAAAUUUUUCGGAAACAUGCCCUUUCGAUAUGGGGAGGGGGAGUUUUUCCUUUCAAUACAUCGGCUAC